AUGGCUUCCUCUACCAACACGGAGGUCGCCAACCCUCCCAUCCACGUUCCAGGAACACUACCCGAACGGCCCCCAAGGUAUACCACUAUAGCGACCUUCCCCCCUGGUUCCUUCCUCGAGAAUCUCGCUGUCCGUCGCGAUGGCUCGAUCCUCGCAUCUGACAUGCUGAGAGGGAGCAUCUGGUAUAUUGACCCUCAUGCUGAAGACGGGAAUACACAGAAAACCGUGGAGCUGGUGCACAAAUUUGAAGGCGAGGGCACUCUUACUGAGGAGUCAUUUAAUGGUGACGCUGGUAAAGCUGAAGCUGAAGUUGAAGCCGGAGAAGGAGAUAGUCACGGAUUCUACGCGUCCACUCCCACCGCGGAAGCAAUCGUCGAAUCCCCGAUCGAACCGGACCUGUUCUACCUGUUCUCCGGCAUCCAUGGCAAGAAGGGGACAUGGUGGGUUUACGAGCUGGAUAUGCGCUCAUUCGUCCCAGCUCCAGAGCCAACCCAAGUGAAAGUCAGGCGUCUCGCGCCCGUCCCCACCGUGACAUGGCUCAACGGAGGCACCGCCAUCCCUCAUCCCACAGUACCCUUAAUCUUGAUGGCCGAGUCAUAUCAGGGGCGCUUGUACUCUUACAACAUCAAGACCGGGACCGUGGGCGUAUGGCUGGAGCACCCACUGUUGGGUAAGAUGACGACGAGACCACCUUGGCCAGGCGUGAAUGGAGUGCAGUAUUAUCACGACAGCAAGGAUGGCUGGGUCUAUUUCACGAAUUCAGAUCGCGCAAUUCUGGGACGGGUGAGGGUCGAUCAGCAAGGUGAUGUGCCGGUUGCCACUCGCGAUCCAGAUACCGAGAAGAUUGAAAUCCAGAGUCUUGUAGGCGGUUGUGGUGGCGACGACCUGUGCCUCGAUGGAGAAGGGAAUAUCUACGUCGCGACGAACCCGAUGAAUACGGUGCUGAAGUUUCCACAACUUGCAACACCUCUCGACGCCGCCGCCCCCGGACAAGAAGAUGCGCAGCCAGAGCGUCAGAUCGUUCUCGGCCUUCGCCGGACCCGCUCGUCUGCAGAAGAAGCGUCGAUUCCGAAACCCGAUUCUCAUUUCGAGAUCGACCCAGACACGACGGGGCCUACAGCUGUCGCUUUUGGUACCACGGCUUCCGACGAGAGAGACCUGUACGUGGUCACGAAUGGCGGGAUAAUUAAUCCCCUCGGUGGAGUUGUCAGAGAUGCACGAGUUUUGAGGGUACAUCUCUAG